UUUGAGCCUAUUUGUAAAACCCCGCCAAUAGGAGGGAUUAAUUAGAAGCUAACGUGCCACAAAUAGAUUCACUGAUCUAAAAUAACGCUAGCAACUUUAGUUGUUCGAACACACUUCUUUUUCAGUAUAUAGUGGGUGCCUGAUUGUAUCAGACACUUAAAAAAAAAACGGUUUUGCACUUUUAGAAAGUAUUUAAUCAGGAAACAGGAAGGGACUGGAACAGGCUUACGAGGAGAACAAGUUUAUCACUAUGGAAAUAAGAAGUAAACUGUCCAAGGAGUUGGAUCUGUCUGAUAGACAGAUCAAAAUCUGGUUUCAAAACAGAAGAGCAAAGGAACGCAGGGAUUCGAUGCGGUUCUCAAAUACAGAAAACCCCACGUCCGACUCAGGUCACAGCACUUCUUCCGAAUGUGACGACAGAACUUCUGUGACGUCAUCGUGUCGAUUUGUUGGAUUGGAAAUUGAGAUUUCGAAUGACAAGUUCCAAACAGAUCAAUGCCAAGCAAAUUCAAUGAACAUUAAGACAGACCAAUUCUGUGGAUAUAACGCAGCACCAGUAUUGUGUGAUUCUGAGCCAUGUUCUUCCUCGGGUUGGAACAAUGCGGUUGGCCAUGGCGGUCUUAUACAAGCUGACACCUCUCCCCUCGGAGCAGUCAUUAACCUAGAUUUUCCAACAUGGAGGCUUUGAUAAAUUAAUGAAUACACGGUUCAUGUUCUAUGUUUGAAGUGAUAGGUUUUGAAACCAUCCACUAAAUGAAAUGUGUGUUUACAAAUAUCACUCCUUUUGUUGAAACAAAAAUUGUUUUGUUUGGCGGAAUGAAUUCACAUUGUUUAAUACGAAUAUUAUAUGAUGCAAUUAUAUUAAAAGUAUUUUUUUUCAAAUAACUGGUAUGUAUUGUUCUUAAGAAAUGUUAUACAACCAAUUUAUUUAAAAAACAACAUUAUGUUUCGGAAAUGUAAUUUCACAGAGCAUAACGUAAUUUAAUUGUCACUUUAAAGGGGCCUUUUCACAGAUUUUGGCAUGUUUUGAAGUUAUUCAUUAAAUGCUUUCUAUUGAUAAAUGUAAACAUUUAAUCGUAAAAGCUGCAGUAAAAAAUAAAGAAUACAAUUUAAAAAAGGAAAAAACUUUGCCUGGAGCAGGUUUCGAACCAGUGACCCCUGACGUCCU